UCGUUUGAUCCUGACCGUUAAACCUAGGGUUUUAGGUAUCGUAGGUUUUAUUGUUCUUAAAGAACCAUGUGGAAUUAAGGCUUCACAGAGAGAGGCUUGGAGAGUUGGAGUUGGAGGCUACCAUUCACUCUUGGUUGUCUCAGUUUCAGGUAAGUCAUGAAGCAUAACAAUGUUGUGCCCAGUGGGCACUUCAGAAAGCACUGGCAGAAUUAUGUCAAGACAUGGUUUAACCAGCCUGCUCGCAAGACCAGAAGACGUGUUGCAAGGCAAAAGAAAGCUGUGAAGAUCUUCCCACGACCUACAGCUGGCCCUCUUCGUCCUAUCGUCCAUGGACAAACCUUAAAGUAUAACAUGAAAGUUAGAGCUGGCAGGGGGUUUUCUCUUGAAGAACUUAAGGCUGCAGGAAUUCCAAAGAAACUUGCUCCAACUAUUGGAAUCUCAGUUGACCAUCGCCGCAGGAACCGUUCCCUGGAGGGUCUUCAAGCUAAUGUUCAGAGGCUGAAGACUUACAAGGCCAAGCUGGUUGUCUUCCCAAGGCGUGCCCGGAAAUUCAAGGCGGGUGAUUCUAGCCCAGAAGAAUUGGCAACUGCCACUCAAAUCAAUGCUGAUUUCAUGCCUAUUGUACUGGAGAAGCCAUCUGUUGAGUUGGUUAAGGUUACAGAUGAGAUGAAAUCAUUGAAUGCCUAUGCCAAGUUGCGUCUCGAACGGAUGAACCAGCGCCACAUUGGAGCCAGGAUGAAGAAGGCUGCAGAGGCAGAGAAAGAAGAGAAGAAAUAGGCUUCUCUUAAUGUGCUGAUGGAGUGUUUUGAAGUCUUUGGCUUGGGUCUGAUAGGUUUUCCUUUGCAGACAAGUUUUGGUAUCCCAUAUAUGAGAUACAGGCUAUGCUGUACUUUUUACCUUAUUUCUGUUUGCUGUAGGGACCAGUAUUUUCCAUCAUAGGGUUUCCCUUUCUAUGAACUUAAUAGUUUUGUUCGUAUCAAUGGCAACAUGAUCAGUUGAUCAGUUGCUUUUUGAUGUCUCUAAGUACGUCUAUUUUAAUUUUCA